GCACUGAUCUUAAACUGAUAUUUAAAGUAUAGUUAUACUGCACUCUGCACAUGAUUGCAUCUUUACACAAGUAAAUAAAAAUAUUUCUUUUGUUAUUUCAUUUAAAACUUAAAAUUAACUCGAGUCAAAGCAAACUUUUUAUUAAAUGUAAAGAUGCUACGAAAAUUCUGGAAAGAAGCAUUUAUUUGAUUUGAAUAAAAAAAUUUAUUGUUUAAUACGAAUAAAAAUCAAUAUUAUCCGUGUUUCCGCGCAAACGUCAACAAAGAACUUUAAUUGGUAGUAGGCAUAAAGAAAGAAAGAAAGAAACCGUAAGGUGCAUUCUAGGAGGGAAUGACGCUUGAAGAUCCUUUUUUUGUCGUCAAAGACGAGGUAAAUAAAGCUUUAAAUAAGACAAGAAAUCUAUAUAGUCGUUGGGUAGAACUGCAAAAUGUUGUCAGUAUCACUCCUACGUUAAAUUCGCGACAUCCAGUUUCGCAGGAGGAAUUGGAGUGGACUACAACUGAAUUACGAAACGCUUUACGGUCUAUUGAAUGGGAUUUGGAAGAUCUUGAAGAUACUAUUUGUAUCGUCGAAAAGAAUCCUUCAAAAUUUAAAAUUGAUAAUAAAGAAUUAGUAUUUCGAAGGCGUUUCAUUGAAGAAACUCGUGACGAAGUGAAAAUUAUGAAAGACAAGAUGAAUUUAAGUAGAGGUCGAGAUCGGGAUCGUACUGCUAGACAGCCACUUUUAGACAGUCCUGCUAGAGCACUACCAGUUUCCCACAAUUCAACAAAAUAUAGCAAAUUAGAAAAUGAAAUCGACAGCCCUAAUCGACAAUUUUUAGACACAACGAUGCACCAACAACAUACCAUGUUGCGCCAACAAGAUGAACAACUCGACAUGAUAGGAGAAAGCAUUGAUACUCUCAAGACUGUUUCGAGGCAAAUUAAUACAGAAUUAGACGAACAAACAGUAAUGUUGGACGACUUUGGAAAUGAUUUAGAGGUGACGGACUCAAAAUUAGAUGCAACUAUGAAAAAAAUGUCAAAAGUCCUUCAUAUGAGUAAUGGUAACUAUAAUAAUUACAUUCCUGCUCCUUCUACUUCAUCAUUUCAUGAUACUUAUUAUAGAACCAAAUCUUUAUAUUCUUUAUCAACCACUAUUACCAACUGUUUUCUUUGUUCUAAAGAAUAACUUACCAUUCAAAAUCAUAUUAAAAAAAAUUAUUCUUUUUUAAUUAUUUUAAAUAAAUAAAAGUCUUUACAUGGCGACUAAUGGUAAUGUCUCAAUAGAAAAGCAAAUUUUAAUAGAGUAAAUUGAAUAGAUUUUAUUUAAUAAUCUUUUUAUUUUUUAAAAUAAACAUGGCAAUCUUUCUUAUACAGCAAUAAAAAAUAUUAAAAAUUAAUUUUCAAAAAUUCCGAAUAUUACGCUUCAAAAAAUAUGAAAGCUUUUCACGAAGAAUAUCUGGAUUAAAUUAGAAUCAUACUCUUUCUUUUUAGAUUUAAUGUACUAUAUUAUUAUUGUUGAGCAAUAGAAUAAACUAUUAUGUAUAACCAUAAUUUUGCCGAAUCUGGAUAACUUUUGUAAACCAUACUAUUUCGUAUGAAAAGUUUAUAAAGCAAACAUUAUAUACGAAACAUUACGGUUUAUAGCCCUUAUUUAAAACAAUAUGGUUUUCCAUUGAACCAUUGAGUAAUAAAAAAAAUUGUGUUAAUAGAACACAAUAAUUACUGGUUUAAUUAUAGUAGAAUACACAAGUAUUGAAUAAAGUAUAUUUGUAAAUAAUAGUUUAUCAA